UCGGUCAACAUCGUUAUCCAAGCGGGCUAAGACAUGAAUUCCAUUAUUCUGCACUUCGUACCUCUGUGUAUAAUUGGCUUCGCUGGAUGCCUACCCUUGGACUUGGAUAUGGAUAUGACGGCUGGACUUCGAACUAGUAACCACGUUGAUGAAGGAAUUCUUCUUGAAGGAGACAUCAUCUCGUUGAAAAGUAUCCAUCCCAAGAAUCUUGUUCGCAAACCGUCACAGCUCUGGCCGAACAAAGUAUUCCCUUACACGUUCAGCAAGGAUUUCGACGAUCUGCAAAAGUUCAACGUCGAAACCGCUUUGCGAGAUUUGGCGUUUCAAACGUGCGUCACAUUUCGGGAGAGAACUAACGAGCCUACCUACGUUGUUUUCAAGAACUACGCGAAGAUUUGCGCCUCAGCAGUCGGCUACGCAGACCUACAAAAUCUCGGAGGUGAAAUGCCAAUUUACGUGUCAGCUCCCGGAUGUGUGAUGAGAGGGCAGAUUCAACACGAAGUGUUGCAUUCGUUAGGCUUUUGGCACGAGCAUGCUCGUCCUGAUAGAAAUGAAUAUGUCACCGUUCAUUGGGAAAAUAUUCGUCCGGGUUCGGAAAGUAACUUCGAACCAAGGACGUGGGAGGAUACCGUCACUCUCGGAAUGCCCUACGACCUUAAUAGCGUCAUGCACUAUGGUAAGAAGGCCUUCAGCAAGAAUGAAAGCCCGACGUUGACCCCAAAAAAUCCUCCAUUGAACGAGAAUAUGGGACAAAGAUUUCGAGUCAGUAAACUCGAUAUUGCUAAACUUAAUCGUCUUUACGAAUGCGAUAAUCGGUAUUACAAGGGAUACGAGCUUGAAGCGUAGUU